GUCCUAAUGAACGCGCCCCAGCACAGGCCCUGCCCUGUACAUUCAGCAACAACACAAGACAAGACAAGGGAAGGGAGACGAGAGCACUCCUUGACGGGAUCCCCGACAUAGAUUGGAAGGCAAUCUGGGUGACAUAAUGAUUUUGCUGGGGAUUGGGGUUGACAGCUAGGGUUUAUUCAUUACACCAAGUCUUUUGCAAAACGCAAACGUAACGGGGAGGGCCCUACUUGCGUUUGUCCAAUAGAAACUCUCGUUUUAGUUGCAAAACAUUUUGUUUUGGACUCAUGAUUACAGCCCUGAUGUGAGGAGUCCCAUUUCAUACAUCGCAUGGAGAACAGGUGUUCGGUUCAGCAGUGAUGCCACACCGAAUUGGACCAUAUUCAGAAUAGUCGGAUGCUCCAGAUUGAAGCAAUGGAUGGUUUGGAAUUGAGAUUUGAUGCCUGCAUUCUGAGUUUUUUUUAGUGCUCUGACAUUUGCCUUUUGACAUGCACUCAACACAUUUGUUUCUUACAGAGCUAAUCAAGACUCCAAGAAUGAAUGUUUUUUUUUUAAACUUAUUGCAUAGUUCAAAGUUGUUGCAGGAGCUUUAAGUUGUUAGGUUAGUUGGCUUUGACUGCAAACAAAGGAAAAUAGGUUUUCUUAUCCUGUGAUCGGAUCUACUGUAGUUAUAAAAUUCCACUUUGUGUUAAGUAAAAAAAUGUGUUCGUGGAUAACAUUUGGUAGUACGCAAUGUAUAGACCAAUACUUUAAUCUUUCACCUCCGUGGUCAAUACUCAUGGAGUCAGUAUCACAUUGACAGGACUUACUGAUUUAACAAAUCAAAAUGACCUGAAUGUGUGCCUUUGAACUUUUAUGCAAUCUUCUACGAAAUCACCACUGGCCAACCAUGUUAUUUAGAUAAUUUAGUGAUCAACAACUGAUCAGACUAUUUUCUUAAAAACGUAUGGGAACAAACACCUAGAUAGACUACCAAAACGUCAAAUAAUAUGCAGCGUCUGUUCCACGGCGCCGACACGAGUUUGCCUGCAGCGGAGUGGAAGCGCUCAUAGCUGGACUACCAUCCUUAUCAAAAGGCGCGACCUACAGGAUUCUUUUACCUCAUCGUGGAACGAGUUGCGGUCGGCAGGCAUGUUCGCCGCAGUGGAGCAUGGCCCCGUCCUGUGCAGCGACUCCAACAUACUCUGCCUGUCAUGGAAGGGCCGGGUACCCAAGAGCGAGAAGGAGAAGCCGGUGUGCCGGCGGCGCUACUAUGAGGAGGGCUGGCUUGCCACAGGGAAUGGGAGAGGGGUUGUCGGGGUAACGUUCACAUCCAGCCACUGCAGAAGGGAUCGGACUACCCCACAGAGGAUCAACUUCAACCUGAGAGGACACAAUAGUGAGGUGGUCCUGGUGCGAUGGAACGAGCCCUUUCAGAAACUGGCCACUUGUGACACAGACGGAGGGAUCUUUGUGUGGAUCCAGUACGAGGGCCGCUGGUCUGUGGAGCUGGUCAACGAUCGCGGGGCUCAGGUGAGUGACUUCACCUGGUCUCAUGACGGUACCCAGGCUCUCAUCUCUUACCGUGAUGGCUUUGUCCUGGUGGGCUCGGUCAGCGGCCAGAGACACUGGUCAUCAGAGAUCAACCUGGAGAGCCAGAUCACCUGUGGUAUCUGGACCCCCGAUGACCAGCAGGUAUUGUUUGGUACUGCGGACGGCCAGGUGAUCGUGAUGGACUGCCACGGGCGCAUGCUGGCCCACAUCCUGCUGCACGAGUCAGACGGCAUUGUCAGCAUGUCAUGGAACUACCCCAGCUUCCUGGUGGAGGACAGCAGCGAGAGCGACACAGACUCUGACGACUACACACCACCACAAGUCCAACGUUUGAAGCCUCUGCUGACGGUCAGCUUCACCUCUGGAGACAUCAGCCUGAUGAACAACUAUGAUGACCUCUCUCCCACUCUUAUCCACACUGGCCUAAAAGAUGUGGUAGUCCAGUGGUGUUCUCAGGGGGAUCUCCUGGCCGUGGCUGGGAUGGAGAGAGCUGUCUUGCCCCCCGACUCCUCCUGUCUACCUCCCACCAGAAACGCCGUCGUCAAGUUCUACAACGUCUGCGGAGAACACAUCUACACACUGGACACGCCUGCACAACGUCCCAUCACCACGCUGUGCUGGGGUCACCGGGACUCUCGUCUGUUCUUGGCUUGUGGCCCGGUACUCUACGUGGUGCGGGUGGAGCACCGGGUGGCCAGCCUGCAGCUGCUGUGCCAGCAGGGCAUUGCCGGGGCGCUCCGGGAGGAGAAGGACGUGGCAAAGCUCACCAUGCCCUCUCGUCUCUGUUCUUACGUCACCACAGCCUUCACACCCACCAUCAAGCCCCCCAUUCCAGACCCCAACAAUAUGCGUGACUUUGUGAGUUACCCGACGGCGGGGAACGAGCGGCUGCACUGCACCAUGAAGCGGACGGAGGACAACCCUGAGGUGGGCGGGCCCUGCUACACCCUCUACCUGGAGUACCUGGGGGGCUUGGUGCCCAUCCUCAAGGGCCGACGCAUCAGCAAGCUCCGUCCCGAGUUCGUGAUCAUGGACCCCAAGACGGACGGCAAAGCAGAUGAGGUGUAUGGGAACAGUCUGAUCUCGUCGAUGAUAGACAGCUGUAACUGUUCAGACUCCAGUGAUAUAGAGCUGAGUGACGACUGGGUCGGCAAGAAAUCCCCAAAGAUAUCCAGAGGCAGCAAGUCUCCCAAACUUCCCAGAGACUUAGUCUGUCCCUUUACCAACAGAAUCAAUAUUGACCCCAGAAAGUCCCCCAAACUGUCCCGCGCUACCCAGGAGAUCUCGCGGUCGCCACGGUUACCCAUCCGGAAGCCGUCCAUUGGGUCCCCAAGUCUCACCCGCAGAGAGUUCCCCUUAGAUGACAUCACACAGCAUAACUACCUUGCUCAGGUCACAUCCAACAUUUGGGGAACAAAGUUUAAGAUUGUGGGACUUGCCACCUUCUUGCCAACCAAUCUUGGUGCAGUGAUCUACAAGACAAGUCUGCUCCACCUGCAGCCCAGACAGAUGACCAUCUACCUGCCGGAGGUGCGUAAGAUCUCUAUGGACUACAUCAACCUGCCUGUGUUCAGCCCCAACGUCUUCAGUGAGGAUGAGGAUGACCUGCCAGUCACCGGGGCCUCGGGCGUGGCCGACGACAACCCUCCCUGCACUGUCAACAUCCCCAUUGCCCCCAUCCACAGUCCCGCCCAGGCCAUGUCCCCCACCCAGAGCAUCGGCCUGGUCCAGUCCCUCCUAGCCAAUCAGAACGUCCAGCUGGACGUCCUAUCCAAUCCCACGGCCAUCUCCUCCGUGGCUUCUGCAGGGGCAGGGGGGUCGUCUGACCAGGGCCAGGACACCAUCCUGACCGCCCAGUACACGGUUCCCAGCAGGUACUCCAGUCCUGGACAGGUCAUCUUUGGAGGGCUGGAGAUGAGCCGGCUUCUGGUUGGGCCUCCUCCCUCUCAUCACCACCAACAACAACAACAAAGCCAUCCACAGAGCCAUCAACAACCACUGCAGCAACAUCAUCAGCAACAACAAAUUCAGCAUCAACAACAACAGCAGCUUCAGCAUCACCAUCAACAGCUACAACAACAGCAACAACGACUAGCGCAGCAACAUCACCAACAGCAACUGGCACAGCAACAUCAACAGCAGAUCCAGCAGCAGCAGAUGCUGCAACACCAACAGAUGCAGCAGCAGCAGAUCCAGCAGCAGCAGCAACACAUUCAACAGCAGAUCCAGCACAUGCAGCAACAGCAGCAGCACAUCCAACAACAACACCAACAACAGCUCCAGCACCAACAACAGCUCCAGCAGCAGUUACAGCAGCAGCAACACACACAGCAGCUGCAGCAACAGCAGCAACAGAUACAGCAGCAUAUGCAACAACAACAGCAUCAGCAGCACCAUCAGAUGCAGCAACAGCAGCAGAUACAACAGCACCAUCAGAUGCAGCAACAGCUCCAGAUAUCUGUCCCCUCUCAGGUGUCAGGUGCAGCAGUGCACCAGCUCCAACAGGGUGCGCUCCAGAUCCCUGUCCCCCACCCUGCAGGGGGGCUGGUGGCUGAGAGAAGGGUCAGUGUGGAACAUGAGCACCUGCUGAAGAUUAAACCCACCCGCUCUGCCCCCCAGCUGGCUGAGGGGGACACGGUGGUGUUCAGCGCCCCUCUGGAGCUCAGCAAGAUGAACCCCCCGCCCCCCUACCCUGGGACGGUGGCCGCAGCUGCAGCCUCUGCCUCUGCUGCAGCAGCCAACGCCGCCUCUGGACAGGCUGGGGGCAGUAACGGCACCCCGCCGCCAGUGGACCUGUGCCUGAAGAAGGGCGAGUUCUCCCUGUAUCCUCCUGGCCAGCAGGCGGCACAGUACCCAACGCCGCUAGGCUACGAGCGGAUAACUACGUUUGACAGCAGGGGUAACGUGGAAGAGGUGUGCCGGCCUCGAACGCGGCUUGUCUGCAACCAGAACAUUUACACGCUCCAGGUCCCGGGAAGCUCAGCAACCCUCCGGGUUACCUCCUCUUCUUCCUCAACAGACGGGAAGAAGAUUCAGCUGCCCUACGCCUCGGCAACCCUCAACAGGCUCACCGUUCCCCGCUAUUCCAUACCCAGUGGAGAUCCGCCCCCCUACCCCGACACAGCCAAUCAGAACACCUCAGGGGGGAGGAGCACCGGACAGAGGCUGGACAGCAGUCUGAUCCAUGCCACACUCAGGCGGAACAGCCGAGAGGCCGCUCUCAAAGUUUCCCAGAUGCUGGACCCUCAGAGGACCCUGCCCACUAAAGCCAAAUCCCAAAAUGCUGCACUGGCGUCUUCCUACCAACAAAGGGUGCCCAAAGCCCUGUACACCUGCAGUCAGUGCAGUAGUAACAGCAGUGGGCUUAGUAGUGCAGCCAGCAGUGCUCCCAGUGGGACUGCGAAUGGAAUCGCAGGAGGUACAAUCAUUAGACAGGAUUUUCCUCCAGGGAAUGGAGCUCCUCACAGCACGGUGAUCGUCCACUCCAACAGCGCUUCUCCCCUAGUCUCUCAAUCCUCAUACAACCUGGAUGGCUCUGGGAAUGGAGGAGGAGGUGGGAACAGAGACAGGGCUGAUUAUGUGAACUCAGCCUUCACAGAGGAUGAAGCACUGAGUCAGUCAUUGAGGCAUCUGGCACUAGGGGGUGCAGAUGUGUCUGGACUGACAGUCAAGAGGCCACCGCCAUACCAGUGGGACCCAGCCACCACUGAGGAGGUGUGGGUGCCCCAGGAACGGACCGGUACUCUGAGCUCUGCUGGCCACACCGGACCCCACAAACCACCCCCGCUAAUCCUCAGCCCAGCCCAGCACCUCGACAUCUCCCGGCUGCCUUUCAUCCUCUCCCCCAAGUCCCCCACCAGCCCCAGUGCUGCCUCUUUCCAGGCUGCCGCUGCAGCUGCAGGUUACCAGAUCUCCCUUCAGUACGCUCCUGGCACAACCUAUAGUGGGCCCCAGCAGCAGCCCAUGCCAGGCUCUCCCCGUCUCUGCUCCCCUAAGGAGAUGGUGGCCCCGGUCCCUUUCAACCAGCAGGAUGCCACCCUGGUCCUCCCACCUGGCUAUCCAGCCAACCUGUCUAACCUGGCCUGCUGCCCCCUCCCUCCAAUGUACCCGGGGGGAAGCUCCUGUGCCGGGCUCCCCAUCCCCCCCAUUGCCCUACACACCCCCUGGGGCACCUACAACCCCUGCCCCCCCAUGCCCAGCCCCUCGGGGACACUGCCCCCCAUGCCCCCCAAGCACUCUCAGAUGAUGGUGGACAAGUCAGUCCUCUCUCCCCCUCCUCCCCCACCGCCUCCCCCUCCACCGCCCCCAGCAGAGCUGCAGCUGCAGGGUCAUGGUGGCUCACCAGAGGCCAUGGCAAUGGAGGCCGGAGAGGGCUUCCAGGAGGUCCUCUCCCUCAACGAGAGCCCCGUGCCCAGCAGUGCUGAGAAGUUUGGCAAGAAGAACCGCAAGCGGGCAGAUGGCAGGGCUGAGGAGGCCAAUGCACCGGCCAUCGCCGAGGGAGGCAAAUCCAAGAAGGAGGGCCGGGCCCUGGGUGACUUCAACUCUCUGAUCUCCAGCCCGCGGCUGGGCAGCAGGGAAAAGAAGAAGCCCAAAGGCCAGAAGGAGCAGCAGCUGAAGGCUAAGAAGCUGAACAAGGCUCCCACAAACAGCGAAUUUCAGGACAGCUCAGAGAGUGAACCUGAGCUCUUCAUCAGCGGGGAUGAGCUGCUCAAUCAGUGCCAGAGCGGCAAGAAGGGCUGGAAGAGCAAGAGGAGCCUACGGGCGGCCAGCGAGCUAGAGGAGAUCAAGUGCCGCAAGGCCAAUGAGAAGGAGGACCGCGGGUUGGGAAGCCAGGGCUUUGUUUAUGUGAUGGCCAACAAGCAGCCACUGUGGAAUGAGGCCACUCAGGUCUACCAGCUGGACUUUGGGGGACGUGUCACACAGGAGUCGGCCAAGAACUUCCAGAUCGAACUGGAGGGGAGACAGGUGAUGCAGUUUGGCAGGAUUGACGGCAACGCCUACAUCCUGGACUUCCAGUACCCGUUCUCUGCUGUUCAAGCCUUCGCAGUGGCUCUUGCUAAUGUUACUCAACGCCUCAAAUGAGGUCCCACCCCCUCUUACACUGAAUACUAGCGAGGAUCGGAACACCUGCUGGAAGGACAAGAUUAUUUAAUUUGAAGUUACUUUAAUAUUGGAGAAAAGACUGAAAUGAACUCUGUUUGCAUAUCGCAUCGCAAGCGAGAAAACGAGACACUGUGGUGCUGCACUGCCCAAUGUGGCCACCAGAGGGUGCAAUAAGCAUGGGCUGCAGGCGUUGGAGCAGGGCCAUAGUUUGCCUUGGCACAGUCAGCGGUCCCCUGUACUGCUUACAGGGCCCAAGAGCUCAGCUUUCUGUAGUCGUCAUGCAAAUAAAUGCUGCUUUAGCUAAUGAAAGCUAGCUAGUGGAAAGACUUAACUUACAACCUUCUAACGGUUUGGGUUUCCUGUCGGUAUGGUCCCGAGAGAUGAGUCGUUCUCUCUGUGCGGUUUUAAAAAGGAGCAGCAGUAAUACUUGAAAAAACUAUCUGGAAGAUUGAAGAUGUCGUUUUUUUUCUUUCCAGAGCGUACAGGUACUACUGGGCACUGAAAUCCGUUGCUGUAUGAAACCGUUAUCAUCACUUUAUAACACUGCUUUGGCGUUUAGGUUUUUACACCUAAAGAUCAAACUUUCUGGGGGGGAAAUCUAGGCUUUUGAAAUGUUAUUUUUUAGUUAUCUGCCAUGUGUUUUGUUACAAUCCAAAUCUAUCUUGGCUGGAUUUGAGGUUUCAAAAUAUGCAUUGUAUUGUUGGAGCACUAGCACACGCAAAUGCGCAAGUUGUCUGAUUUCCCUGUUGUUAGAAACUCUGGAGAGGUAAAAGAUGUAAGCUGAACGGCAGUCCUUGGAAUUUGAAGGAAAAAAAAGAUGAUGUAGCUCAUAUGGUUUAAUGUAUCUCUGCAUUUGUUUUUCCUCUUGUUACGAAUAGGUCAUACAGUAUUCAGAUAUGAAUUUUAACAUUGUAAUUGUUCUUCGUAUUCAUGUUGUUUAUUAUACAAUCUUAGUACCUUGUUUACAUGGAUUUCAAGAUGUCUGCUUUAUUUGGGAGAGACAGACUUAAUUGAAAUGCUGUUCUGUACACUACAAAAUCGGUGUGUUUUAAAAUGGUUUUACAGAAUAGUUGUGACCGUUAUCCUGUAUCUCCCAUUUUUAUCAUGGUGACAUAUUGACGGGGACACAAACAAAGAUCCUAGAGGUAAGAGUUCACCAAUCCGACCUUUGUUUCCCUGACAUGAAGUAAUUUGUCACUUGCUGUCACUUCUGUGAAGUGAGCGUCAUCGUGUAGGCGUGUCCUACUCUUAAGCCCACACUAAAGGAGUAAGCAAGGUACAGGAAAUACUUUUGUAUAUUUCACCUAUGCCAUUUCAUUAUUAUUAUUAUUAUUAUUAUUAUAAUUUUUAAGUCAUGUAAAUAACUGCCACAUAUCAUUCAUAAAUAUUGUAAAAUGAUCUGGUGGAGUUGGACAGUUGUUUUCAUCGUAGCCCACUGUGUAUGUUCAAUAUUAUGGAGGAUAGCUGUAGUACAGUAGUAUAAAUAUAGAAAUACACUAUAAUCCCUGAGAAACCUGACAUCUUUCUAUUCUUUCAGUCUUUGAAGAUAGCGUUCUCCUUAAUUGAGGUUAUCUUAACCUGUUAGAACUUGGCAAGCUGAAACUGCAAUCUUUUAAGCUGACUAGUUUUUGUUAGACAUCCUGGCUUGGGUCUCUAUGCGUUGUGAACAGUCUGCAGGGCUGGGGAUGGAUGCUGGCGCAAAAGCAGAUAGACACUUCAAAUAUUUGCAGACUUAAGUGUGGUAAGAUACCUGUUAACAUCAUCCACACUACUAAUUUUCAAACAUAUCAUUGGAUUUUUUUUAAUUUUUUUUUUAAAUCAAACUAAAAUAUCUAUUUGAUGGAUGGUUAGGAUCACUUCAAAACGUGUGUGCCAAAAAAUGGAAAUACUAUAAUUUGGAAGAUUAAUACAAAGGGGCCUAGAUCACUUGUGUGACAGAGAGAGAUCACUCCGGACCAGAUCCACACAUCAUGGUCUUGACAGCAAUGAGAUUAUUAGAUUAGAUUUUUCUUUCUUCCUCUGAGCUGCAUGUGAUAGUUGUUGGUUGGGGUGGGAUUAAGAUGGACCUGAUUCAAAGAAAAUAAAAUUUCUUAAACAUGUCUGUCAAUGUUCAUUUUUGUGUUAACAAUUUUGUUGUGCAAUAUUUUCUAAAGAAAGGUCCUCCCCUCACCAACACUGUUUGACAACCCUUCACACUAGUAGUGUGGGGGAAACUAUGAUAUUCAAUUUCUUUUUGCUGGUCUGUACAUUUAUUUCUGAGAUUUUUUUCUUAAGCUAAAGGCUGUACAUAACUUGUUGACUUUGCUGAACAUUUCUUUCUGUUGAAAGGGGUUUGUUACUGGUGUAGCCUAUUUGUCAGAUCAUGGGAGGGGGUGGGCAAGUAGGGAAGAGACAACUUUUCAAUAUGUGUUCUGUGAAGUUUGCAGUGGAUGGGAGAAGAUCUGAUGAAGUGCCCUGUCCUUGAGUGUAGUUGGUAGUAGUCAUUUAAGGAAGUAUGUGUCAAGUGUGUUCAAUUGUGAGGUCAACCGAUCCCAUAAGUGUUAUCUAUGUUAACUUCUUCAGUGUGUGUAUUUCCACCAAUUCUCCCCCUCGAGAAAGCGAAACCUUUUUCACUCCGUUAAGAGUUUUAUCUUUUUGUUUAUUCUCACCAUGCAAUGGAAAUCUACGCAUUCAUGGUGUUGACUGACUGGUCAAUUUUGAUUGUGCAUUAUUUCAAUACAACUCACACAUCAGUCCACAUGACAUGACCGUUUGGAUAAGCCACUGAAAACAUGUAUAGAUCUCCCUUGGACACUGGUUUAGGAUUCUAAAUGAAUUCAUUUGAGGUGGUAACCUGUAGUAGACAUUGUAGGAUUUGGCUUUUCGUUUGAUCAGAAAUGUGCUUUGUACAUGUAGUUGUAGACAUAUAUAGGAGAAAAAAAACUUGAAAAAAUCUGAGUGAUUUGGUGACUGAAUGUUUAUAGUGAACGGUAGUAAGGCAUGCCAUGUUAAUUAUUUUACAAUUGUAUAUGUCACGCAUCUUUUGAAUAAAAUGUCAUUGUUUCAGA